AUGUUUUUCCUCAAAGAACUCGAGAAGACUAUCCAGUUGCAUCCGUCAUACUUUGGUCCUCUCAUCCGUCAGCACAUCCAUCGCGAAUUGCUGCAGAAAGAGGAGGGAUCGAGUACCGGAAAGUACACCAUCGUGUGUAUUCUGGACUCGUUCGAUAUCUCUGAUGGCAAGGUCAUGCCUGGCUCUGGAUCUGCCGAGUACGUUGUGCACUACAAGGCAGUCGUAUGGCGGCCCUACAAAGGCGAGGUGAUGGACGGCAUUGUUACCUCAGUACUGCGUACUGGAUUCUUCGUCGACUGCGGCUCUUUGCAGGCCUUUGUGGGACGUAGUAUGAUUCCCGCUGAAAUCAAGUUCGACGCCAACGCUACACCGCCGCAGUGGACAGACGAUGGAGAGCAGGUCAUUGAAAAGGGUACCAACAUCCGCAUUAAGAUCAAGGGUCUCAGAUCCGAGGUGGACAAGAUGUAUGCCGUAGGCACCAUGAAGGAGGAUUAUCUCGGUCCAUUGCCGUCAUAG